ACUGCAAUAUAGCUCCGAAAAAUGAACCAAGAACGAAAAGCUUGACUCCGAAAAAGUGUGCGAAGGACUUUUCCAUCAAACCAGUUCGCUACCCUAAAACCGAAACAUGUUUUUUUUUUCGGUGUAUACCUUCGGCUUGGUGUUCGUGUGGAAAUUGCGCGCAUUGCCGCCAAUGUCGUUCUCCUGUUUCUUCUGCUGCUUUUCCACUGCCGAUACACCAUACAAUAUGUAUAUGCAUUAGUGUUUAUGGUAUUCUUUCUCUUUUGCAUCAUCGACAUAUACCAAAUUCCGUGCGAUAGACGAUUCUUCAGUGGCGCUCAUGUUCCAUGUGUUAUUUGCAUAAGUAUAUGUGUUGUAUGUUAGCUAUUUGGCUACCGCGCGCAACAUAGUGACACCGCCUUAUUCCCAUCUACAACACGCAUACAUACACAUUGUAAGAAAUUCUAUCGUCAUCGCCAACAUCAACGUUGCUUCUGUUGCUACUGCCACUGCUGUUGGUGUUAAUAUUGUUCUUCCACUAAACAGUUUGAAAAAAGGAAGAAAAGAAGUAAAAAUUUCAGUUCAAUUCCCUUUUUUCCAUCCAAAAUAAUAAAAAUAAAUUAACUGCCAUUAACCCAAACACACACAUACUGCCGCCAAAGAUGUAGGAAGCCAUAUUUUUUUUGUAUGCACCCAUAUACAAAUCGUAGUUCUACAUUUGGAAAAUUAUUUACACAAAUCUGUGAAAUUUACUGAGGAAUUCAACGAAAUCAUCUAGAUUUUUAUCGUUAAAGUGCUUCACAUAUAUAUAAUGCAAAGCGAUUGCAUAUUGUCAAAACGACAAAAUACACUAGUAAAUCACGUAAUCGAUAAAACUCUGCUUGCCAACGAAUAAAUUCGUUCGUUUCGACAUUGCAAUCAGCAAGCGCGUUCCAGUUGAAGAAAGAAAAAGGGAAACACCACUGACAAUCGAACACAAAAUUGCUGUUCAGUUAUUUUUUCGUUUCACUUCAUUUUGUUUGCGAGUUCAAAUAAAUCUAUUCGAAUGCAUUUCCAGCAACAUGAAGAAAAUCGUGCCAAAUAUGUGAUGUCCGAACCAAAAAUAGGUCAAACUAUUGUUUGGCCUUUUAUGAUACAGAAUGCAAUGAAUAAUCCGUCAUGCACAUCGACUCCGCCCGAAACGAUUUUAAGUUUAUUAUGGACAACGGUGGCUGUUUUCGGUAUUGUCUUUGCAAUAUUGGGUUAUCGUUGUUUACGUGCGGUUGGAUUUUUAAGUGGAUUGGCUGCUGGCACCGGAUGCGUUUUAUGGCUAAAACAUCUGCAAAUUGAAUUGGUUGGCAGUCAAGCUGAUUCGGCAUUGGCCAUGGUAUCUGGCCUUCUAGGUGCCGUACUUGGGUCCACGCAUCCGAUCGCCUCUGUGUUGGUUUCUGCCACAGCCGGUGCCAUCACAAGUGGAUCAGUCAUUGUAUUCUGUAUUGCAACUCUACCGAAUCACGAGUUUGGCCUACGAGAAAUUGAAGUUGCGGUUGGUGGCGGAGCAAUAAUAUUCGCUGUAACAACUCUGUUGUGCGAUAAAUUUAUUACAAUUGUUUCAUCGAGCAUCGUAGGAACUACCAUGAUUAUGUCUGCCAUAGACUUCUUUAUGCACGGCUCCGACACGAUUGAAUGGAUUGUGGGCAUGAAAUUUGAUCCGCCACCACCACCAUGUUGGGGCGGUCUCUUGAUUUGUAUUUAUCCUGGCGUAAUUGUAUUUAGCGUAUUGGUUCAGUGCUUCAUCACAGCGUGGCGUGUUGAUCACAAACAUGCUCGUGCUCGAUCACGACGACGACACACGCAUCAUCGAGCAACAAGUCGACCGCGCGAAACACGCGAAGAAGCUAGACAACGCAAAUAUCGGUACUUGUAUCAAGUACGAACAGCUCGCGGCGACAUUAUUUCACAGAAUUAUGUAUCGGCACUACAAAAACGCGUUCAGCCCGGAUAUCAGCCACCAUCUGAGCACUCAACCAAAACCAAUUCACAUGAACGAAACACACUCAAUAGCGAUCGCACACAUUUUACGAACAUACCAGCCGAUUCAGACAUUGACAAAAUGGAUUUUGGCGAUCGUGGAUGAUUUUGGUGAUACAAUUACUAUUAGGCGUUACGUUUUUUCAUGAUUUUUUUUUUUUUGCUUUCAUUAAUUAGAUAUAGUUUUAUCAGUUUUCGUUCAACCAAAAGAGAAAAAAGCAACAGCAACAACAUUAAUUAUUUUAUAUUCGUGCAUUCCAUUAUUAUUAUUAUUAUCAUCAUUUUUCAUAUAUGACACAUGCAUAUGAGUUUUAAGUAGUUUAAGUUUCGUCUCUUAUUUAAUUUCGAUUAUAAUGUGUAUCUUCAUUUCCGACUAGAGGUAGAAUGAUCGUUUAUAGAAUUGUCCGUAAGAUAAGGCCAGUUUUCGUAUGUUUGAGUCGAUACGCUAGCGAAUGGUAAAUGGGGAUGCCAAAUGUUAAAGAAAAGUGUAUAAUGGAUUUUCCCUUUUUAAAAUUGAGAAAAAUUUAACUAAAAAAGUUUUCAAAUUAAACCAAAAUGAAAAUUUGUUAAUUCCGAAUCAGUUAGUUGUUUUGGUUUGGAAAAUUGAGAAAAAAAAGAAAGAAAAACCAUUUUUUACUACAAAAUUAUUCACAUUCAAAAAUUUAAAUGUAAACAUUUUAAUCAAUUUUUACCUAAAAAAUAAUUCGAUGUCAUUUUAUACGUUAUAUAUUUGGAAUAAUUGGAAUUGCGACAUUUUUUGCAUUGUCAGUAAAUGAGAAGGGAAAUGUAUUUAGAAAUUUGUGAAAGAAAAACACCGCAGUUGCCGUGAAUUUCGUACAUUGAUCAAAAACAAAACAUUUUUUUAUAAACAUAUAUUUUAAUAUGGGAAAACAAUUUGUCAGGAGAGAUAGGUUUUCAUGAAUGCAAUCAACGUAAACAACUAUGUAUCUUAAAACAAAUGUCAAAAUACAGAAAUGAAACAUGUAAAGUGAACAUUGAAUCACCAACAACAACAAAAAAAGAACCGUUAAAUAAAAGUUAGUUAUUAAGAGGUAGCCGAUGAUAAUAAAACCGAAAUUGAAUGAAUGUUUGUACAUAUUUUUGCACAAAAAGAAAAUAUCACGAUAAUUCUGAUGAUGAAGCUCAUCAGAUGAGCAUAGCUAUGUACGGUGGAACUUGACAUAAUGAGUUUAAAAUGGAUUUAAAAAAUGAUUAAAACUUGUUCGGUGAUUUUUAGAUUUAAUUUUUUUGACUAUAAUCGUAAUUUUAGUAGAUGCGGAUGGGAGGUGGUAAAUAGAUGCAGAUCAAAGUAGUAUUGUUCGAGAACUUUAUUUUACAUUGUUUUCUAUUUCGAAUUGUAAAUGUUUAAUCAUUUAACGUGUAUCAUUUUGACCAGCGAAACGGAAAUGCUCAAAACAUGUGAAGAAGUAGAUUGAGUUCAAAUUUGGUUGUGUUGGUCCAAAACAAUUGAAGAAGAGACAAAAAAAACAGAAGAAAAGAAGAGAAAAAGAGUUUUACAUUUCAACAGAAAAGAAAAGAAAAUUCAUUGAAAUAUAUAUAGUAUAUGUAUAUCGUUCUCAACGACACUCCAUUUUAUGAUAUAUUUAAAGCUAACGAACAAAGUUUAAAAAUGCAAUUAUACAACAAAUUAAAAACUAUUAACUUAAAUGUACACAUUAUGAAGACAACAAAAAAUCAAAUCAUUGUAGCCGUAUCAUUUCGAAAAUCCGUUCUCCAUGACUGUUUACAAUUUCAAAUAACGUACAUAUACAUAUUAAAUGACAUACACACAAAAUUUACCAAAAAAAAAAUGAAACACACACGUUUAGCAUCAUCCUAGAUUGUAGUCAGCUUACCCGUUCGAUUUCAAGUCAUCAUAUACAUGUUAUAUCCAAAGAAAUGAAGAAAUAAGUCAAAGAAACAGUCUCUCCAAAUGUGUAUUUUUGAUAUUUAUUGCAAACGAUGGCCAGCCGAAAUGAAGUUCAUAUCAUGUUGUUUCUUGUUUCGAUAAAAUUGCAAAAGGGUUUCCAAAGACUACAAAAAACAACUUAUGAAAAAAAAGAUGAACCAGAAGAAAACACACAUUUUACAUACAAUAUAAAAACUCAAUCAGGAGCUCAAUCAAAUUUCGCAUUGGAUUAAUUUAUGUGAUAGAUCUAUGAAGCUUGCCCAUCUGUGGAUUUAAAGAAAUAGUCAACCAAAAAAAAAACACUUUUAAAGGGUUUCAUAUUUAUUCGGCUAAACAAAAAAAAAAUGUUCUAAAAUGCGACGAGUAACAAAGUUGCUCGUCAAU